GAGAUUCCUCAAGAGACCCACCUGAGCCGCGUGCCAGAGCAGGAGGAGGACAGGCUAUAAGAAGAGGCAAAGAGCAGCUAUUGGACCAGUUGAUCAACUCCAAAGCGCGCAGCAUCACUUCACCUGACACGGGACCCACUCUCUCCUUUCGCACACACAUCCCGAAGCCACCAUGUACUCGAGGGCGUACGAGUCGUGCAACUUCUUAUUCCUACUAUGCAUCCUUUUGAAGAAUUGCCAAGCUUUCAAGAACGACGACACGGAAAUCCUAUACACGCACGAGAGCACGCCGGUGCUAGAUGCAGUCGGUAACGUCUCGUUGAACCGAGCAAGAAACGGAGGACGGGGCGCAGGUGACAGCACGGCGCACGAGCGAAAUGAGCGAGGGCAGAUGGGCUGCAGGGAACUGCGCUCCACCAAGUACAUCUCGGACGGCCAGUGCACCAGCAUCAAGCCCAUCAAGGAGCUGGUGUGUGCCGGUGAGUGCCUGCCGGCACCCAUGCUGCCGAACUGGAUCGGGGGCAGCCGCGGGAAGAAGUUCUGGAGCCGGCGGAGCAGCCAGGACUGGCGCUGCGUCAACGACAAGACGCGGACACAGCGCAUCCAGCUGCAGUGCCAGGACGGCAGCGCCCGCACCUACAAGAUCACCGUGGUGACGGCCUGCAAGUGCAAGCGGUACUCUCGACAGCACAACGAGUCCGGCAACAAGAUGGAGGAGGUGGCGCUGGCGUCGCCGGCGGUGACCCAGGUGGUUCACAAGCACAAGACCAAGAGCAAGAGGAAGCUGGGGAAGAACCGCUUCGACGAGAACUGGCCCAGUCCCGAACCCUGAACCCUGAACCCUUAUCUCCCCGGCCCAAUGUCGCCUAGACAGAAUGCAAAGGGCCUCCGUUUCGCAGCAUGUUAUGGUGGCGAAGAGACUUUAUUACACGUGACGAGGAGUCCGUUUGGCAUCCUCUUGAGUCCUUACAUCGGUGGUCGUGGAUUGUAACUCGAGGUGACAGGGACUGCAUUCCUGGGAUGGGAGUUUCUGGUUGCUAUGACGAUGGAGCACUCUUGAAGGGCACACAUGGA